CCUGCUAACUCCCCCUCAUCCAUCUACCCUGAUAAUUGCCCCCUCCCUCCCUCCUCCCGCUGCACCAAUGCCCCUUCCCCGGACUUCCCUGUAUAUUCCCCAGCCUGAUUCCAUUUAUUCGAGCCUGCCGCUCUCCUCCCCCUCUCAUCAUGUCUCUCCUCCUCCUCCUCUGUCUCUCUCCCAGGACGUCGGCUGAUCCGGGGCCGCCAGGGAAGGGCUUGGGGCUGCAGGAAGGGAGCUGGAGCUCCGGCGGUGGCCUGGCUGCUUCUAUUUUGUAUUAAAAUGAGGAGGAGGAAGAAGAAGCUGCAGCAACAGCACCGACAUCUACUGGGAGAGCGGCGGCGGCGGCGGCAGAAUCCUCCUUAUUAUUAGCCCGAGCGAUAAUAGAGAGCGGCGGCGGCAGCAGGAGGAGGAGGAGGAGGAGUGAUGAGUCAAUACAACUAAUAAUUUAAUGGGGACACAGAAACGCAGAGAGAGAGAGAAGCAAAGCAGCUCCGGACACAACACAAUACACAGCACACAGCACACCCCUGACUGGAGCAGCACAACUCCCAUCCUCUGCCCAUUGUGGACGGAGAAGACCCUCAUCCUCCUGCAUUGUGAGAAACUACUGAGCACUUCCCUGCCUUCCUCCCUCCCCCUGUGACAAGGACUGGAGCUGCUGCUCUCACUUUCCUCACUUGUCUUUUCUUCCAUUUAUUGUUAUUAUUUAUUUAUUUCUCCUACUCCCCCCCCCCCUCAUUCCCCCAUCUGUGUUAUCAGCUCCCACCCCUACCUACCUCCCAUCUACUUAUACAUACAGGUCCACCUGUCAACUACUGCCUGCCUGGGAGAUCAGCUCCUCUCCUCAGAUCCUGGAAGAAACUUUGCUGCUUUUUAUUUAAUAUUAAUAAUAAUAUUAUUAUUUUUAUUUAAUUUUUUUUUAAAUGGACCUAAGCGGAAGGCGGUAGUAGCCGCCCUCUGUUAUCUGGCACCCCGUAUAUACUUGAUCUCCAUCCCCUGUUGUCACUAUGCUGGGGCUUGAUUUGAUUGCAAGCUUCUUGGACACGUCUCCAGACUGACCGAGUGACUGCUCCCAGCUGCUGCUUCUUCCUCUUCUGAGAAUCUCUUGAGUAUUGAUCUACUUUUUUUUGAUCUGUACAGUUAUCAGGCUCGUCCUCCUCUUGCACAUUUUGCUCAUCGCUACUAGAUCUUUUUCUUUUAUCAUUUUUUUUUUUUCCUCCUCCAUUUUGGGGAAGAACAUAAAGAUAUAAAUAUAUUGAAGAGAGAGAGAGAGGAUUGCUGGUGGGCUGCAAGAAGGAGCCCCGUAAAAGUGAGGACACCAGGCUCUCUUGCCUUGAAAAUUUUAUGUUGUGGAGCGGUGAUCCUUAGAGGCGGGACUGAGCAUGGAUCAUUCGAACGAGACAACUCAGGGGAUAGAACAUUCAGAAAUGUCUAACAAUGUAAGCGAUCCAAAAGGUCCGCCAGCCAAAAUAGCCCGCCUUGAGCAGAAUGGAAGUCCUCUAGGAAGAGGAAGAAUUGGAAGCACAGGAGGAAAAAUGCAAGGGGUGCCACUUAGACACUCUGCACACAUGAUGAGGAGCAGUAUCCGAAAAGGAAACAUGCUUCCAGUUUUCUGUGUCGUGGAACAUUAUGAAAAUUUCAUUGAGUACGACUGCAAAGAAGAACAUGCAGAAUUCGUGUUGGUUAGGAAGGACAUGCUUUUCAACCAGUUGAUCGAAAUGGCUCUGCUCUCCCUCGGAUAUUCUCACAGCGCAGCUGCCCAGGCCAAAGGGCUAAUCCAGGUUGGUAAAUGGAAUCCAGUUCCACUCUCCUGUGUGACAGAUGCCCCCGAUGCAACUGUAGCAGACAUGCUUCAAGACGUCUUUCAUGUGGUCACCCUGAAAAUACAGCUGCACAGUUGCCCUAAACUUGAAGACUUACCUCCUGAGCAGUGGUCCCACAUAACAGUUCGCAACGCUCUGAAGGACUUACUGAAAGAUAUGAACCAGAGCUCACUAGCUAAGGAAUGCCCUCUAUCACAGGUAUCGGGACUUAACCUUAUUGACAGCGGUAAUCUUGUCAACAGUCCAACACCCGGCGUCACUUGUCUGAGUAUGAUUUCUUCCAUUGUGAACAGCACUUACUAUGCAAAUGUCUCAGCAGCAAAAUGUCAAGAAUUUGGAAGGUGGUAUAAACAUUUCAAGAAGACACGAGAUAUGAUGGUUGAUAUGGAAGACCUGUCUGAACUAUCUCAACAAAAUACAAAUCAUGUGAACUUUGGUCAGCAGCCUAUUCCCGUUAAUAGCCCCGAAAAGCCUUCCUCCCCCGGACAGCAUUCUCUCAGCAGUCAGACAACCGUGCGGACGCCACUUCCCAACCUGCACCCAGGACUUGUAUCUACGCCUAUCAGCCCUCAGUUAGUGAAUCAGCAGCUGGUAAUGGCUCAGUUAUUGAACCAGCAAUACGCAGUGAAUAGACUAUUAGCCCAGCAGUCCUUAAACCAACAGUACUUGAACCAUCCUCCUCCUGUCAGUAGAUCUAUCAACAAGCCUUUGGAGCAACAAGUCUCGCCCAACACAGAGGUGUCUUCCGAUAUCUAUCAAUGGGUACGUGACGAAUUGAAACGAGCAGGGAUCUCGCAGGCAGUAUUUGCACGUGUGGCUUUCAACAGAACUCAGGGCUUGCUGUCGGAAAUUUUACGAAAGGAAGAAGAUCCCAAGACAGCAUCUCAGUCAUUACUGGUAAAUCUACGGGCAAUGCAGAAUUUCUUACAGCUCCCUGAAGCUGAGAGGGACCGAAUAUACCAGGAUGAAAGGGAAAGAAGUCUCAAUGCAGCAUCCACCAUGGGUCCAGCACCUAUGAUCAGCACACCACCAGCCCGUCCUCCACAGGUCAAAACAGCAACCAUUGCAACCGAGAGAAACGGAAGCCUGGAGAACUGCAGCAUGAAUAUUAAUGCUUCCAUCUAUGAUGAGAUCCAGCAGGAAAUGAAAAGAGCUAAAGUAUCCCAAGCGCUAUUUGCAAAGGUUGCAGCUUCCAAAAGCCAGGGGUGGUUGUGUGAAUUAUUGCGAUGGAAAGAAGAUCCUUCACCAGAAAACAGGACUCUGUGGGAAAAUCUCUCCAUGAUUCGAAGGUUUCUCAGUCUUCCCCAAACAGAAAGAGAUGUUAUUUAUGAACAAGAAAGUAAUGCAGUUCAUCAGCAUGGUGAACGACCAUCCCAUAUGAUCCAUGUUUCUGCAGAACAGAUUCAGCAGCAACAGCAGCAUCCACAACCGCAACAACAGCAACUACCACCACAACAGCAGCCACAGCAACAAACGCCACAGCCACCAGGUCCAAGGUUGCCUCCUAGACAGCCCACUGUGGCAUCUCCAGCAGAAGCAGAAGAAGAGAGCCGCCAACAGCCCCGUCCACGAACAAAGAUUUCUGUUGAGGCCCUGGGUAUUUUACAGAGCUUUAUUCAAGAUGUUGGUCUGUACCCAGAUGAAGAAGCCAUUCAAACUUUGUCUGCUCAGCUUGAUCUGCCCAAGUUCACAAUUAUCAAGUUUUUCCAGAAUCAGCGUUACUAUCUGAAACACCAUGGAAAGCUGAAAGACAAUUCUGGCCUAGAGGUAGAUGUUGCGGAAUACGAAGAGGAAGACUUGCCCAAGGAUAUGGAAGCGGAGACUCAAGACAAAAGUACUAGUACUCUUUUUUCAGUUAAGCUCGAAGACAAUUUGUCUGGAGAAAGGAACACUGACAUUACUGCAGACCUGAAUGACUUAUCCUAAAGUAUUAUUUUUGUUCAUAAGUUAAAUUGGUAUUACUAAUUCCUAUUCCAUCCUAGGUACUUUCAGUAACUUUCUGUUGUACAUGGUAGGGCCCAAUGAAUCUUGGGGAAAAAUAAA